GAGAGUUACCAGAGAGAAGAAAAGGAAAUCCUCAGCUUCCACUCUUCUGGUUGUUUUGCAUCCCUGAUAUGACCCUGUUCAGUCCAAGAUACAUGAGCAUGAGUGGAGAGUUGAAGUCAAGCCGCUCUAGGGCAGCCAGUAAGAGGGCCAGCAACACCACUUAUGGAUCUGACUUCGACCUGGACUAUGACAGCUAUCACGAGGACUACUAUGACAGGGUGUACGACUACCAGCGUGUGCCAGCAUCCCUCUCUCCUCUACCCCUGGGACCCAGCCUGGCCAAGCGAUCCCGCUCCUCCUCCUACUCCUCCGGGCACAGACGCAGCCGAGACAGAACCCACUCCAAAAGCUCCAGAGCCCACUCCACUAACUCAACCACAGCCAAGUUGGGGAUGGAAGAGUUGCAGGUGAUUAAAAAGGAGCUGACUCUGAUAAAGACACAGAUCGAUGGGCUGCUUGACAGUCUUGACAGGAUGGACACACAGAGGAAUGACCACAAAGGUUCUCCUCUUAGAGAGGACAGUCCAGUUGGUUCGCCGUAUCCUCUGUCGGCCAGCAGCCCAGAGCACUCCCUCUCCUCCCUCUCCCCUCCCAGCUCCCGCCAUCGAAUCCACAGGGAGAGCCCCGAGCUGAGGGAGCCCGAUGACGACCACCACACGAUGAGCAACCACAGCUCUGACCCCGAGGAGGAAAUAUGAGGAAGGAAUAGAAGAAAACGACGUGGAUUAAGUGCCAAACAUGGAGGAAGAGAACACAAACCCAUCGAGAUAACACCCAUAUCAGAGGGUGCACAUAUCAGAUGAUAUAAUGCGUUUAUUUGCGUCACAGCAGCAGCUUGAUUUUUUUUUCCAGAAACACCGACACAGGUCACUUAGACACAUACAUCAGCAGCAUAUCUGACUGACAUGAAUUCUUUAGGUCGGCCUGAGAGCAUGUGAGCGGGACAGUGAUCCUAUCUAGAAAGUAA